AUGCAAUUUCGGUCAGCUCGGUUCGCCGUUGCUGAUUUCGUUUCCAGAUGGCUGGGAUUUCAGCUUGUUCUUCAGUUGCAAUUGAAUGUGCACGUGCAUUAGAUUGUAACCUUGAUAGGCCAAUUAGCAAAGGAGCCACGGAGUUGUGCAUUGUGCGUCCGAACCGGGUGCUCGAAGGAAGUAAUAUAAUUGAGUGAAACUCCAGAAUGGUUUAUGUGGUCUCGUGUCCCAGAUACUUGGCAUUCUCUUGUGGCAUCUUGGCAAGCAAUUAUUAUAGGCAUGCAGCUAUCUAAUUUCGCACCUGUAGGGCUGUUGGUCGCUGCGGCCAAGGCCAGCCCAGCAUCGUCUUUUGUGGGAUCUUACACAUCUGACGUCUACCCCCCAGCGAAAACGUCCGUCAACUCCAAUUUAUUCCCGCCCGAGUCGGUAGUUGGAUAUCCCGGAGUUACCCAGACUGGCGCCGAGCCUGCUUCGAUAGAAACAGCAAAGAGCUACCCAUACAAUUCGGGCCCCGCCAAUGCAUUCCCACUCGCCUCGCCCGAGCCGUUCGGUGAAGACCUAGAUGCAACUUUCGACAUCAAGAAGUACUGGGGUAAUCUAUCGCCCUGGUACUCUUUGCACUCCGCCGACUAUGGUCUCCCCGAUGCAAGCCCCCAACUGCCUGAUGGGUGUGACAUCGUUCAGGUCCACCUGCUAUAUCGCCAUGGUGCAAGAUACCCCACGAGCGGCGCAGCUCCUGCCACAUUCGCUGCCAAACUGCACAAUGCCACCAAGACAGGGUUUACGGUCAAUGGAACUCUAGAGUUCCUGUCAGGCUGGACGUACAAGCUUGGAGCAGAGCUGCUCACCCCGUUUGGCAGAAGCCAGAACUUCCUGUUGGGCGUUCAAUACCGUCAGCUCUACGGUGAACUCCUUAACAACUUCACGGAGGCAGGCAUGAUUCCCGUCUUCCGGACUCAGAGCCAAGAUCGUAUGGUCAAGACUGCCGAGAACUUCGCUGCUGGUUUCUUUGGCGUUCCAGAGUACUUGGACCAGGUCAAUAUUGAAAUCUUGGUUGAGACUCCCGGCGUUAACAACUCUGGCGCACCUUACGAGGUCUGUACCAACUCCAAUGUUGCAUCCAAGGGCAGCAUUGGCUCAACUGUUGCCACAGCCUUUGCGGCAAACGCCUUCAAUGCCACUCUUGCCCGUCUGAACUCCCAGGCUUCUGGGCUCAACUUUACGCCUACCGAUGCCAUUGCCAUGCUCCAGCUAUGUUCAUAUGAGACCCACGCCCUAGGAUAUUCCGCUUUUUGCGAAAUUUUCACCCAAGAAGACUUCCUAAACUACGAAUACUACUAUGACCUGGCAUUCUACUACAACAACGGCCCUGGCUCUCCUGUUUCGGCAGCUCAAGGAAAGGGUUACCUUCAAGAGUUCGUUGGCCGCUUCACACACAGUUUUCCUGACGCUGCCUCUGCUUUGAACGAGACGUUCGACAACACGACAACAUACUUCCCGCUGAAUCAAUCAAUUUAUGCCGAUGCUACUCACGAAGUCGUCGUGCUUGAUACCUUGAUGGCGUUCAACUUGACCUCUUUGUUCAAGGGCCCGCCUCUAGCACUGACUCGCAACCAAAAGCAGAACAGCUUUGUUGCUAGUAAGAUUGUGCCUUUUGCGACACAUUUCACAACUCAAGUGCUGGAAUGCCCGGCUUACAGCCCUACAAAGCAAAUUCGUUUCAUUGUAAACGAUGCAGUCAUCCCCAUUGCGGACUCUUACGAAGGGUGCAAUGAUGAUCCAAAUGGGCUGUGUUCAUUUGACACAGUUGUCUCCGUUUUGCAGAAGCGUAUUGGUGAAAUUGAUUUCAACUACGACUGUUUUGCGAAUUAUACGGCCAAGGCGGGAAAUGACUACAACGGCAGAGCUCCACGGUAGACCAUUAUUUAAGCUGAAUUAUAUAAUAAAAUUACUGGGCCGCCUGGGCCGACGACG